AUGGCCGCACCUGCCUCUCCAAUGGCCGCACCUGCCUCUCCAAUGGCCGCACCUGCCUCUCCAAUGGCCGCACCUGCCUCUCCAAUGGCCGCACCUGCCUCUCCAAUGGCCGCACCUGCCUCUCCAGUGGCCGCACCUGCCUCUCCAGUGGCCGCACCUGCCUCUCCAGUGGCCGCACCUGCCUCUCCAGUGGCCGCACCUGCCUCUCCAGUGGCCGCACCUGCCUCCACCGCACCUCCUCCUGCCCCAGCAGCCCUGCAGGCAGCCCCUGGUGGUGCUCAACUGCCGCAGCCUCGACCGGCCAGGCGGCGCCAGUGGGCGCUUGUUGCUGACCCUGGUCUCAUCGUCGUUGGCAAGCGGCAGAGGCGAGCGCCGGAGCGCUACCAGGCCCCUGCAGACUCCCUGCGUAAGCGGGCCAGGAGGAACUAA